AUGACGAGCAAAUCAAACGAGAGCGUGACGGCGGCGUCUGGGUUUGAGCACGUAACGACGGGUAAAUUCAAUGAUGCUCAAGCAUGUGAUAUCGUGUUGGCGAAAGCCCAAUUGCCGAUAUCAAACACCCACAGAGAUGCCAUCGAAGAUAUAAUAACCAAAAUCAAGACUGCCUGUGAGCGCAAGCUCUCUGAGACGUGGAAAAUGCACGACGAGAUGGUCAGGAAAUGCGCCAAACUUCAAGUGGAUUUUACACGUCUGCAGGAUGAUUUCAAAGAUCUCCAAAACGAAUUAAACAAGAAGACAAAAGACUUAGAGGCAGCAGAGCGAAAUGCAAUGAUAUACGAAACACAAUUAUACGAAGCACGCUACACAAAUCUGCAAUUGCAAUUCGAUCAAUCGCAGGCAGAGACGAAUAAAAUGCUUGAGAGAAAAGAUCGAGAGUCAAAGAAGGAAAUCGAUCGAUUGCAAGCAUUACUCAAUGAAUCUCAAAGACAAAAAAUGGACAAAAUUUUUGAGUUAAAUGACUUACGCGAUCGACAUAAGGAGCAGAUGCGUGCUAAUCGAGAGGAGAUUAAAUUACAUUAUGAAAAUAAAAUCAAGAAUAUGGCGAAAAAGUUACAGAAAAAAAGGAAGCCGAUAUGUUUCGUCGAGUUGGAGAAGCCCGAGUGGACGAAACUGGAAUUACAAUCGGAAAUCCUGGAGAACAUCAUCCAGGAAUUAAAAACCAAGGGCGAGCAGUAUGUGCGAAUGAAAGUCAAGAUCUCCGACGCGCCGAAACUACUUAAGAGCACAGAAUUUCCCAAAUUCCAAAUCGACGUUAAUCGUCUGUGCGAUGGUAACAAAGAUUUCAAGAGCAAAUUAUCAUCAUCAUCAUCGUCAUCGUCGUCAUCGUCAUCGUCCGACGAUUCUGAUGAAUCGUCGUCCGACGAAUCGUCACUCGACAAAUCGUCGUGGACGCCGGUAAUAUCAUUAUCAUCGUCAUCCUCGUUGUGGUCGUCAUCGUUAUCGCCGCCUUCAUCAUCAACGCCGUCGUCGUUGUGGUCGCCGUUGUCGUGGUUUUCAUCGCCAUCGUCUUCAACGCCAUCAUCAUUAUCGCCGUCAUCACCAUCACCUUCGUGGACACGGAUGUAGCAG